AUGGAGAGCUUACUAAAGCAGUAUAUUGAAAAGAAUGAAACAGUACUCCAGAAUCAAGCAACGUCAUUCCACAAUCUAGAAAUUCAGAUAGGACAGAUUGCGGGCAAGCUCAAAAGUAGACCGCAAGGGGCAUUGCCGAGUUCAACCGAGCUCCCGCGCAACUCAGGGAAUACGUUGAAUGUGGGGCAGUUGGUACCCACGACGGUGACUCUCCAGCUGGCAGACAGGUCCCUUGUUCAUCCAGAAGGGGAGGUGAAGGAUGUCCUGGUCUCGAAUGACAAAUUUAUCUUACUGCCAGACUUCAUCAUCCUCGAUUAUGAAGCGAACAAAGAUGUACCCAUCAUUUUGGGACGACCAUUUUUAUCCACUGGUCGCGUUCAAAUUGAUGUGUAUAAGGGAGAGAUCACGUUGAGUGUGAAUGGAAAGGAACUCAGGUUUGACAUUAUUAAAGCCAUGAAGUAUCCGGAAGAAGAAGACUUAACAGAUUCCGACAAUGAACCCAGUUGUAACGAAAAAGAAGUGUCCGAAGAUGAAAAUGAAAGAGAGGAUGCGAACGCAUCCAUAGCAACCUGCAAUGCGAUUAUGGAAACGACAACCAAAGAAGAAAAACUGACGUUGAAUGAAGAAAGAAAAGCAUAA